AUCCACUCAGCUCCGUAAACGGCCGAUCAUUAUUAUUAUUAUUAUUACCUGUACGGAGUAGAUACGUGCAGAAUUCUUCCCUUGACUUUGGUACGAUGCCGUACAAUUUGCGCCUAGAAUCGUGAAUAGACUGGUGUGUUCUGCGCGACACUGGGACCAGGGCUUCCCACUGUCUCGGAUAACGUAUCCCUGAUCAAGUAGCAAAUACCGAAGAUCGAUUGAUUAGAUCGGGCAUACUUAGGCUUUAUCUAUUCUGAUCAUAACUUAUCAUAUGAAGGAUCUGCCGAGCUUGCUCCAUUAUUGUCGGUUCUUUGUCCGAGGAGCAUUAAACUUCUGUCGAUAGUUAAUUAGUCCUUAAAGUUCGCUCUUCUGGAGAGAUAUUCUCGAACGUCGCAGGACAGAUUAUACCCCUUCUGAAUAAGAGAAAAAAUAAGAGAAGAAAAAAAAAAUGUCGACAAUACGAAAUACCAGUCUUCAACGACUGCAACAGACGCUUCUUCAUGUGCAAGAGAGCGCGACCUCCAAGACCCAACAGCUCUCCAUCGUGCAUGGGCCGCGACAGCCGGAAUUGCUGGAUAUCACACUCGGAGAGCUCCUCACGCUGCAGAGUCUACAGCAUCAGAAUUCUGAAUGUCUCGUUGUACCAUGGACAGGAACGAGAUGGACAUAUGGCGAUCUCGAAAAGGAGAGUUAUCGUCUCGCGCAGGGACUGUUGGCGGUGGGGAUCCAGAAGGGCGAUCGCGUCGGUAUCAUGGCCGGCAAUUGCGAGCAAUAUGUUUCGGUUUUCUUUGCGGCCGCGAAAGUUGGAGCGAUAUUGGUGGUUUUGAAUAAUACGUAUACGCCUUCAGAGGUGUAUUAUGCCUUGGAUCAUGCGGAUAUCAAGUUCCUGUUUAUGAGCCCCACCAUUGGACGCCAUUCUCUGGUUGAAGUGUUGGAGAAAUUGGGCCCUCGUCCUCAGAAGAAUGGGACGUCAAAGUCCCUUGAGGAAAUUGUUAUUGUUCGGGGAAAAUAUAAGGAUUUCGGAACCUAUGCCGAUGUCAUCGAGAGGGGAUCUGGGUUGACGCCAGAAGCGCUCUUGAAUCGAGAAGAGCAAUUGAGUCCGCAUGACGUCUGCAAUUUGCAAUUCACCAGUGGUUCAACUGGGAAUCCGAAAGCAGCUAUGUUGACGCAUCAUAACCUGGUCAAUAACUCACGGUUCAUCGGUGAUCGAAUGAACUUUACAGCUUUCGAUAUUCUAUGCUGUCCACCGCCACUGUUUCAUUGCUUUGGUCUCGUUCUGGGACUUUUGGCUGUCGUGACGCAUGGCGCAAAGAUCGUGUAUCCGGGUGAGACAUUCGACCCAAAGGCCGUCCUUCACGCGAUUUCGGACGAAAGAUGCACGGCUCUUCAUGGCGUCCCGACGAUGUUCGAAGCUAUUCUGGCCCUGCCACGACCGGAGAAGUUUGAUAGCACGAGUCUGAGGACAGGUAUCAUCGCCGGAGCACCGGUGCCUAGGCCACUGAUGAAGCGGUUGCUUGAGGAGUUAAACAUGACUGAGUUUACGAGUAGUUACGGCCUGACGGAAGCAUCGCCGACGUGUUUCAACGCAUUCACCACAGACACUAUCCACACGCGUCUUACAACAGUUGGCAAGGUUAUGCCGCACGCCAGUGCCAAGAUCAUCGAUGCCGCUGGCAACACCGUGCCAAUUGGGCAGCGGGGAGAGCUCUGCAUGGCUGGCUACCAGAUCACCAAGGGAUAUUGGAACAACCCAGCAAAAACCGCAGAGACCAUGAUAACUGAUUCUGACGGUAUUACAUGGUUAAAGACUGGUGACGAAGCAUCCUUUAAUGAACAGGGAUACUGUACGAUUACGGGCCGGUUUAAGGACAUCAUCAUCCGAGGUGGGGAGAACAUCUACCCCCUUGAAAUCGAGGAGCGUCUCACAGCACACCCGGCAAUUACUCUGUCGUCCGUGAUCGGGAUCCCUGAUCCCAAAUAUGGUGAGGUUGUCGGCGCCUUCAUCCAGAUCGAACCAGAAUAUCAGAACAAGCGGCCAUCGGAUGAGGACCUCCGAGAUUGGACCCGGGAGAAGCUAGGUCGGCAUAAAGCGCCUCGGUAUUUCUUCGUUUUCGGCGAAGAGGGCGUUCCAGCCACGGUCCCUGUCACAGGGAGCGGGAAGGUGAGGAAAGUGGAUCUCAGAAAAAUGGCGGCGGAAGUGUUGGAGAGGAGGAAGACGAAUACGGGAUCUGUUCAGGCGUAGAAUGCUCUAGAAGUGAUGUUUUUGUAUUUUUGUUCAUACUUGAUGCUGACUUUGGAAAUAUCUACAACGUUGUAUAUAGUCACUUAGGUAAUUAGCGGGUUUAAAAGUUAGAUAGCCAAGUAUUCAUUUCUUCCCCCUUGAUACGAUCAGGAUCAUACAGUCAGUAA